AUGACUAGUAUCAUAGGCCACUCGCCUGAGAUAGCCGCGGCCAGGAAAAGGCGCAGAGCUCUUGUGUCAAGAACAUACUCAAAACGCGUCAACAGCACUGAACAGCGACCUCCCGCAAAGAGAAGCCGCAUCAGCAGCGCUUCACAAACCCGUACUGUCGCAAAUACAUCCCACUCGCUCGACGAUGCAGAAACACAUAUUCCAGAAAUACGGGAUACGCAUCGAUCACCAAACCAAAGUGGACGCGACGAGAAUACAGGCACGUGGUUGAGGGAACCCCCCGCGCAAUCGUUACCUGAACCAUCAUUUGAACUUCCACCACUAGUAAGACAAUCUAGAAGCCGUGGAAGACAAUGCACGUUAAAAGAUGGAAUUGAGGAAACAAGUAUCGAUUCUCAAAUUGCAGCGGGGUCCUCGCCGGAGCUCACAUCGCAAGGCGUAUUGACUUCUUGUUUGGACACUUCCAAAUGUAAUCAACUACCUCCAACACCAAAGCCUCGCCCAUCGUCGCAGAAAAGGCAAGCAACUGCUUUGACGUCCCACAGUCAAAUAAACAUAAAAAAUUACUUCAAACCACUUUCGCGAUCCCUGAGUUCAUCAUCCAAGAUAUUGACAGAGUCGUGUAAGACGACCGAGUCAGAAAACUACACUCCACCGUCAUCGCCCCCGGUUGAUAAACAAGAACUAGAAAACGAACAAUUAUCGGAGUCAUCCCAGUGUCGUCCUCGAAGAAGACUUAUUACUAAGACUGGCCUACAUACCUACUUAAAUGCGCAUUCUUCGGAAGUCAGUGGAGGACUUGCGGCGCCGACUAGUCAGACUACCGGAUAUGUAGCUUCUUCCGACUUGAGCGCUGAAAGGCAGGCAAUUUUAGACGUCAAGCGGAUAUCCUCAGUGUCCAACGAAGGCAGGAGUGGGCCGUCGAUUGUCCAGUGCGCAGCCAGUUCGCCCGUAGACGCUAUAGCGAGUCAACAAGCAGUCAACCCUAGGCGCAAGAAUGCGAAAAAGCUACAGCAAACCCACCUCGACUUGGGCCAGACUUCCGAGAUUGUUUGCAAAAACUGUCAGAUGGUCUACAAUUCCGCUGUCGAAGCGGAUCGCCGAGACCAUGAGAUCUUUUGCGCUUCACAUGGAUGUCCGCUCCUGAGCAAGGAGGAGGCAAGGAGGAAGAAUGAGUUCGUGUGGGAGAGGAUGGUUCAAGCGGCGCAUCAUAGGAUACGAAUGAUUACCUGCUCAUCAUCUCAAGCUUCAAAAGAAACGGCCGUUAGCAUAAUGGAACACGUCUACAAUGAACUGCCGGGGCUUUGCUACUCUCCCGAGGAACUCUGGGGCGGUGGCGUCAGAAAAUCACAGAAUCGACCAAUUUCGGUGCUGGUUGGUCCCUUCAAGGUCUUCAUAUAUUAUGUCGGGGUAGAAGUUGCAGGAGUCAUUUUAGCUGAAAGCUAUAAGGAAGGCAUGUUGGUCCAAACGGAGGGUUUACCGACGGGGCAGAAAAAGGUCGUUCUUGAUCGGAUUUGGGUCCGUGAGAAGCAUCGCCGAAAUGGGAUUGCAAGUAUUUUAGCUGAUCUGGUUCGGCAAAAGUUUAUAUGCGGCAUUGAAAUCGACAAAAGCGGUGUUUCAACCUCUAACUUGACCAGGAGCUUUGGAGUCCCAUGGGCCAAAAGGUAUUUUGGAGAGUGA